AUGAAUCUCAAAUAUGAAAUAAUCACAGAAUAAGAAAGCAAAGUGCAAACCAUCAACAGUCAAUGUAACGGUUGUACGGUUAACACAGAAUCAUUGACAAUGAAAGGGAAAUCAGAAGUUGUAUUAAAAGAUUUGCCGUCUGAUUACAUUUCAUCUAUUAAAUUUCAUAAAAAAUUCGGUGAUCUCUUAUUGGUUUCAUCGUGGGAUUGUGCAGUGCGAUUAUAUGAUGUUGACGACAAUGCUUUGAGAUUCAAAUGGACAACCGCUGAUCCCACUCUGGAUUCUUUGUUCUUGGGACCUGCUCAUAUAGCCUACGGUGGAGUUGAUGGUGUAGUGAAAGUCCGGGAAGCUGAAACAGACUAUGAAGUGACAGUCGGAACUCACAAUAGUGCAGUUAAGAUUAUGGAUUUUUUACCGAGCUACAAUGCCAUGAUAACUGGAAGCUGGGAUAAAACCGUUAAAAUUUGGGAUCUACGUGUUGAGGGAGCCUGUGAGACCUACGAGCAGUGUGAUGGUAAAGUCUACUCCAUGAGUUGUGUCGGCGAAAAAGUUGCCGUAGGCACUUCCGGAUGUAAAGCACUAAUAUGGGAUCUAAGGAACCUGAAAAGCUACAUGAUUCUUCAUCGUCUCAAUCAUCGGGUGAAUUGCAUUGCAUUGUCGCCGAAUAAACAGUGCUACGCAAUAGGACAUACUGAUGGUCGCGUCGCUGUUGCAUAUAUCGAUAGAGAUCCAGAAGUGAGAAAGUUGAAGACCACAUUCAAAUGCCAUCGGAUGAUUAAGGAUGAAUUUGAACAUAUUUUUGGUGUGACCGCAGUACGUUUUUACGAUGGGAAUGGCAUAUUUGCUACAGGCGGAGGCAAUGGAUUCGUAAAUAUUUGGGAUGGCGUUAAUAAAAAGCAUUUGUGUCGUUACCCUCGCCAUCACUUGGCUGUUACUUCGAUGGACUUUAGUCCUGAUCUUAAGAAAUUAGCUGUUGCAUGUUCGGAACAAACUGUUGAGCCAUUUCUUGACCGACCAUUAAAUGUACUUAUUAAAGUGUGGAACGUUAAUGAUCGAAAAAUUGAUCCUAAGUAAUUUUAUUCUUGCAUGUCCUGCUACUUUUACAAUCAUUGUCAAUCACAAAUUAUUAUUAAAAUCGUUUUGUGCAUUUUAA